AUCAUUCCAUAGUAUAUUUUACUUACUAAAAUAGAAGAAAUCUUGUUUUAACUUUCUCUUUGCACUACUAUCAACAUGUCGCACGAAUCCUCUGACGAAGAAUUCGAGAAGCUUGAACCUACCUUACAAAAUGUGCUAGACCAAAAAUCUUUGCACUGGAUAUUCGUGGGUGGAAAGGGUGGUGUUGGUAAAACGACCACCUCAUGUUCACUCGCCGUACAAUUAAGUAAAGUAAGAGAUUCCGUAUUACUGAUAUCAACUGACCCGGCACAUAAUCUUAGCGAUGCCUUCGGACAAAAGUUUAGCAAAGAGGCAACAUUAGUAGAAGGGUUUACAAAUUUAUACGCUAUGGAAAUUGAUCCAACAUCGUCGAUUCAAGAGAUGCUGGAUCAAUCCGAACAACAAGGUGGUGGAGCUAUGGGAGCUAUGAUGCAAGACCUUGCAUUUGCCAUUCCUGGCGUUGAUGAGGCUAUGGGAUUCGCUGAAGUCAUGAAGCAAGUAAAAACAAUGGAAUAUUCAGUAAUCAUCUUUGAUACUGCGCCCACUGGUCACACAUUGCGGUUUUUGAGCUUUCCCAGUGUUUUAGAAAAAGCACUGGCAAAAAUUUCGCAAUUAAGUGGACGGUUUGGGCCAAUGUUUCAACAAAUGUCGGGUAUGAUGGGAUUGAACGCCAAUCAAGAAGAUAUGUUUGGAAAACUUGAAGGGAUGCGUGCCAUUAUUACAGAAGUUAAUAAUCAAUUUAAAGAUCCAGAAAAGACAACAUUUAUCUGUGUAUGUAUUUCCGAAUUCUUGUCUCUUUAUGAGACUGAACGUAUGAUUCAAGAAUUGACUACUUACCAAAUUGAUACUCACAAUAUCGUUGUAAAUCAACUAUUAUUCCCGCGGAAAGAUUCCAAUUGUGAACAAUGUUUAGUUCGACAUAAGAUGCAACGAAAAUACUUGGAUCAAAUCUAUGAUCUUUAUGAAGAUUUCCAUAUUGUGCUAAUGCCUCUUUUAACAAAAGAAAUACGCGGCACACAAGAUAUUAAGGAAUUUUCGGAAAUGUUGGUUAAGCCUUACGUACCGCCUGAUGAUUUAUUAAUGGAUGUUAGUCAAUAAAUAUUUUUAUGUAUAAAGCACUAUAAGCAUUAUAACAAAAAAUUCAGUUUAAAUGUUAUCAUUAAAGGAGUAGCAAAAAAAAAAAAAAAAUAUUAUCAUUAUUUUAUGUUAGACCUAUCUUUUUGUUUGACAUUGAUUGUUUUGUAUAAAUCAUUUUAGUUUAUAAAGAUUUUAUUUUUAAUUUAAAAAAAAAGCAACAAUAGAAAAAUUUUUUCAUUUUUUUUUUUGUACGCAUUAGAAUAUCUCAUAACCAUUACUCCUUAAAUGAAAAUCGUACAAUUAAAUAUGUUGUUUAUAAUAUCUGAAUUGAGCUGCAACAUUAUUUUUAAUUUGGCAUAUGAUUUAUAAUUUUUUUAUUGCCAUGCAAAAAGGCAGAUUUUUGAAGUCAAAAAGAAAAAGAUUUAUACUGAAGAAAUCCAUACUACAUAAAUUUUUUUAGUAUAAUUAUUUCUAAUAUGCAUCUAUAAAAAUUUUUC